GGACGGUAAGUGAGACUACCGAAAUUAUACGUCAAACUUACUAUUUGUUUAAAUACAAACAAAUCCUAAAUUUUUACUUCUUAUUACUUCAUCCAAAUAACAUUUACUGUAAUAGAGCGAGCCAAUGAACUCACCAUCAAGCUGGACCAAAAUGUUGAGGCGUCCAUCUCAUAUGUGAAAGUAGACAAUAAUACUUAUGACUUGGUCCAUACACUUAUACCGGAAAAUCUACAGGGACAGGGUCUCGGGCAUUUGUUUGCUGAGAGAAUCUUUGAUCAUUUGGUAACCAAAGGGACCCAACUGAAACUAAGUUGUGAAUUCUUGCAACAUUUCUACUCAAAAAACAUCUCCAAAUACAAAGGUCACGUCAUAGAAGACUUUGAUCUGCAAUAAUGGAAUUCACCAAUAUCUUCUACCACUUUUACCAUGGCUACUACCACUUAAUGCUUAAUACUUGCAAGGAUGCCAUAACCAAAAACCCAACAAAUAUCACUUAUAAAUUGUAUCAUUCUUUAGCAUUAAUACUCACCAAUAGACUGGAGGAAGGUGUUCACGAUCUGGAGGAAAUAAGUCAAGAAAAUGACACUCAACUGGCAUCUACUAUUGCCUUAAUGUACGGUCAUAAGUUCCUCGGAGUAGCUGGCAGAGAUAUCUUUGUUAAAUUGGAUGCUAAAAUGAAAGAGCAUAGAAAAACCGCCGAGGCACAUGACUAUUAUAAUGCGGCAUUUGUAUUGGUCACUCUGAAAAAGACUGAAAAGGCUCUUGAUUAUGCUGACAAAGCUAUCUCUCUUAAAAGCCAAUCGGAGUUUUUAACUCUAAAAGGCUGGAUUCUGCUAAUGUUGAAAUCCUUAGGCAAAAACAGUGCUGCAAACAUAAGGGCCUUGUUUGAAAAAGCUUUACAACUGGACUCCGGUGACUUAUUGGCCACCCUGGGCUAUACGGAGUGCUGCUUGCAUUUGGCUCAAUUUCAAGAGGCCUUAAAUGUUAUUAACCAGGCUGUGGUAAAACAUUCUGGCACCAACACGCCAUUACUGCAAAAAGCAAAAAUUCACUUUGCAGCUCAGGAUUGGGAACAAACUUCAGAUACAAUAAGCAGAUUUAGUAUGGCAGAGGGCGACAUUUUGUAUGGCAUUAAAUUGGAAAUACUUGUUGGCCUGUGUCAUGGUCAACAAGUCAAAGAAAUUUGUAAUAGCAUUAAAAAAUUCUUUGAACUAAUAAAGAAGUUUGAGGCAAGCAACGCUUCUUUAGUGGUGGAUAGUUCUAAGCUGUUUACAAAGCUUUGUGCAAGGCAAGAGGAUGUUAUUAAAGAAGUUAUUGGUAUGUUAGAGGCUACUGUGCAAACUAACAUUGAUAAUGCUGAUCUUGUAGUGGAGUUAGGUUAUAAAUAUUUGAUGUUGGGCUUGACCAAAGAGGCUGUAAGAAUGUUUAAGUCUGCUACCAAGAUAGACGAGGGUCGCUUCGAGGCAUUUUUAGGCCUAUCUCUUUGCGAAUACUUGGAUAAUCCUACAGGCAAACAGCUUCAAAAGCAAAUAGAUUAUUUGCUUGAGCUUAAAGAUUCUAAUAGCUCUUUACCCUUACACUUAUUGCAAGCGAAAACAUCAGAGAACUCUUCACAAGUCCUUAUUCACCUAAAAUUCAUCUAUGAUAUAAAGACCCGCUUGCUAAAGUCUGAUUAUUAUUGCGACAAGUAUUUAUUAAACUUAGACCCGGAUUUUACCAUUGACGUUAUCAAGGAAUACUUGCAUAGCAUAGCAAACAAGGACGCCUUAGAUGACGCUUUAGAUUUGGUCAAUUUGGUUACAAAGGCUUGUCCAUGCUUAUCUGAAGCAUCAUAUUUACAAGCGAAGCUUCAGCAUUUAAAAGGUGACAGCCGUUCCGCCCUAAGAACUCUGGAAACUUUACCAAACUUGUCCAGCGACGCCGGAUUGCUUAUGGCACAAAUUCAAGUGAAUAGUGCUCAAUAUGAUCGAGCCGCACAAAGCUUAGAAACUUGUAUAAGUUCUAAUUUUAAAGUGCGAGAAAACGCGAUAUUCCAUUAUAUCACCGGAUUAGUAGAGAAGCAUAAUGGUAAUUAUGCUGAUGCCAUUAAGGCUUUGACCACCGCCCUCACGUUGAGUAACGAGGUGUCUUUGGUGGAUAAAGCGGCUAUUUAUGUGGAGCUGAUCGAUACGCUGAACUUGCUGGGGCAAACGGAUGACGCCCUAAAGAUUUUAGAAGAGGCCACCGAGGAUUUGGACGGCACCCCGGAAGAAUCCCGGAUUGUUUUGCUAAGCGUCGAUAACAUGCUCGCGAGAAAGGAUGUCCAAGGGGCCAUAGAUUUACUCGGGAAAAUCGGCAGGGAUGAGAGAUGUUAUUUGGAAGGAAGAAUUAAAUUGGCCGAUAUUUUGCUGACUUAUCGGAGAGAUCGAUUCGCUUUUUUGGAGAUAUACCAACAAAUAGCCCAAGAGGACCCCUCGGCCGAUUCCUUUGUCCUAUUAGGAGAUGCCUACAUGAAAAUCCUCGAAAUAAAUGAGGCCUUAGAAAACUACGAAAAGGCCCUAAAAGAAAAACCGGGAGAUCUUUUCCUGGUGACAAAAAUGGGCCGAGCCUUAGUCGAAACCCAUUACUUUAAACGUGCGGUGGAUUAUUAUAAAAAAGCGAUUAAAGAAACCGGCGAUGGCCAAUUAAAACUCCAACUGGCAGACUUAUAUUUAAAUCUAAGAGAGUACGAGAAGGGCGAAUUGUUGUUGUUAGACGAAUUGGAUAACGAUAACAGAAAACCUGCAGAAGUAGACGAUAUGGAUCAAUUGUUGUACAGGUCCAAGUUGUACUGUCUCCUGGCACAAAUCCAAGAAAAGUCUGGAAAUCUUACUUAUGCCGUGAAGAGUUUGAGGGACUCGUUGGACAAUAAAAUGCGCGUAAAAAAGCGGAUUAUGUUAGAACCAAACGCUUCAAGUGAAGAAAUUGACGAGGAAUUAGUGGGUAUUUCAAUGAAACUGGGCGAAAUGGCUGUAGCAAUGAAAAAUAACGAGCAAGCAGUGAAUUAUUACAAAGAAGGCUUGCACGUUUCGCCUAAUAAUGUCGCAUUAUUGGUAGCCCUGGCGAAGUUAUAUAUGCAGAUGAACUAUUUGGAACUUUGCCAACAAACCUGUGCGACCAUUUUGAGAAUCGAUCCGGAGAAUGAGACUGCCUCAGUGAUUAUGGCUGAUAUAGCUUUUAGGAAGGUCGAUUUUGACAUGGCACUGUUUCACUUCAGUCAACUAAUAGCCAAACAGCCGACCAAUUGGGACGCACUCAUUCGCCUAAUCGAGAUAUCUCGCAGGCUUGGACACAUCGAGAGUUGCGAGGAAUAUUUAAAUGUGGCCGAGGAGAAGUGCGUGAAUCCUUUAAAAGAAUCAGGAUUCAUAUAUUGUAAAGCGUUCUACCAAUGGCACUCGGGCAACUUAAAUUCGGCCCUAAGGAACUUUAAUCAAGUACGCCAAGAUACCCAGUACGGCACCGAUGCUCUCUAUAAUAUGAUAGAGAUUUGCUUAAAUCCGGACGGCGAAAUGUUGGCCGAACAAUUUAUGGAUAGCGACGAUAUCGAAUAUAGGGAUUCUCGCUCGCUCGCUUUAAAAACCGCCGAAAGACUUAUAAAAGAACUGAAACAGCGUCUAGAAACGAACAGUGAAGAUCCACUAAAAGCUCGCCUCCUAACCGACUUCCGAAUGCUCGCCACCAAAGAAAAAUACAACAUAGAACGUGCCUUAGAAGAUUUCGUGUCCAUAGCCUCCCAAAAUGGCACCAAAGAACACCUCGGGGCCAUUUUGGGCAUGGCCACUGCUUACACCCUACUCAAACAACAACAGAGAGCGAAAAACCAACUGAAACGGGUGGUGAAAAACCCUUGGAACUUCGAGGACGCCGAGUAUCUGGAACGUUGCUGGCUACUAUUGGCCGACCAGUAUAUACAGUCCAACAAACUGGAGUCGGCCAACGAACUAAUUAGCAAAGUGGUGCAACACAAUAAGGCCUGUGUCAAAGCGUUCGAGUAUCUCGGUUAUAUUGGCGAGAAGGAGCAUCGAUUUAAAGAGGCGGCCAAUAAUUACCAGCAGGCCUGGAAUGUCGGACAGAAAUCGAACGCCAACGUUGGAUUCAAGUUGGCGUAUUGUUUGAUGAAGUGCAAACGGUAUCCGGAGGCGAUUGAUACCGCUACGGAGGUGCUCAAGUUGAAUCCCGAGUUUCCUAAUGUGCAACGAGAUGUUUUGGAUAAGUGCAUUAAUAAUUUAAGGGUUUAGUGUAUUUUACGGAGAAGAAAAGUGGAGAUUUAGUUGUCAA